CGUCUCCGUCUCCGACCACCCGCCUCGCCGGCCGCCGCACACCUCCGCCGUCCCAUUUACCACCCCGCCGCCGCACUAACACCAGCAAGUACCCCUCCGAACGAUACAUGCUCAACAGAUGCCACAUCCUCCGACAUGUUUCCCUACUCCGCCGCCACAUCCACUUCUCCACUCUGCCCCACUCCGACGCCGCCGCCGCCGCCACCGACCCCACUCUACUGGGCCGUCUCUCUCGUCUCCUCCUUCUCCACCGCUUCCCCGCCGCCGCCCGCCUCCUCUCCACCUCCCCGCUCACGCACGCCCUCCUCCACGCGGCCCUCCGCCGUGUCCGCCUCGACCCGGACGCCGCGCUCCACCUCUUCCGCCUCGCUCCCUACCGCCCCUCCCUCCUCGCGCACGCCCAGCUCAUCCACAUCCUCGCCCACGCCCGCCGCUUGCCCGCCGCCCGCGCCCUCCUCGCCUCGCUCCUCUCCGCCCGCUCCGUAGAGCCUCUCUUCCCCCACCUCGCCGAGGUGUACCGAGACUUCUCCUUCUCCGCCUCCUCCUUCGACCUCCUCCUCCGAGCCCAUGCGGACGCUGGCCAGAUUAAGGACGCCCUCCACGUGUUCGACGAAAUGCCAAAGUUUGGCUGCCGCCGCACCCUGCGGUCCUGCAACCGCCUGCUUAACCAGCUAGUACGGGCUGGGGACGUGGGCGCAGCGGUCUCUGUGUUUGAGCAGAUUCGGUGUACCGGGACGCUGCCAGACGAGUUCACGGUAGCUAUCAUGGCAAAAGCGUACUGCAGGGAUGGGAGGGUGGCGCAGGCAGCAGACUUCGUGAAGGAAAUGGAGGGGAUAGGCGUGGAGGUGAACCUGGUGGCCUAUCAUGCACUCAUGGAUGGGUAUUGCGGAGCAGGGCAGACCGAGGUUGCGGGAAGGUUGAUGCUAUCGCUCCAGGGUAAGGGUUUGCCACCUAAUGUGGUGACAUAUACCUUGCUUGUGAAGGGUUAUUGUAAGGAGGGGAAGAUGGAGGAGGCUGAGAGGGUUGUAAGGGAUAUUAAAGAAAAUGAGAAGAUUGUGAUUGACGAGGUUGCCUAUGGCGCGUUGAUCAAUGGCUAUUGCCAAAGAGGGGAAAUGGAUAACGCCAAUAGGAUAAGAGCCGAGAUGGUUGGUGCCGGACUCCAGGUUAAUUUGUUUGUGUAUAACACGAUUAUCAAUGGAUAUUGCAAGCUGGGGAGAAUGGUGGAAGUAGAGAAACUUUUACAGGAAAUGGAGGAUAGAGGGGUCAGUCUGGAUAAAUAUAGUUACAAUACUCUAGUAGAUGGGUACUGCAGAAAGGGUUCCAUGAGCAAGGCAUUUGAAACCUGUGACACGAUGGUAAAGAAUGGUUUCACAGGAACCACAUUAACAUAUAACACACUUUUGAAUGGUUUUUGCUCAUGUGGCGCUAUAAAUGAUGCACUUAAACUCUGGUUCUUGAUGUUGAAGAGGGGAGUAGUGCCGAAUGAAAUUAGCUGUAGCACACUUUUGGAUGGCUUCUUCAAAGCAGGUAAAACCGAGCAGGCCUUGAACCUUUGGAAGGAAAUCUUAGCAAGGGGUUUGGGCACAAACGUGAUUACAGUUAACACGGUUAUCAACGGGCUGUGUAAGAUCAAAAGGUUGGCUGAAGCAGAAGAGCUAUUUGGUAGGAUGAAGGAAUGGAAAUGUCCCGCUGACAGCUUAACAUACAGAACAUUAAUCAAUGGUUAUUGUAAAGUAGGUGACUUGGGUAGAGCUACUCAAAUUAGGAUUGACAUGGAACGUUUAGGGUUUGCUCCUUCAGUUGAAAUGUUCAACUCUUUCAUAACUGGACUAUUUGUAGCUAACCAAAGUGACAAGGUGAAUGCUGUCCUUGUUGAAAUGGGGGCAAAGGGGCUUUCUCCUAAUACAGUCACUUAUGGAGCUCUGAUUGCUGGAUGGUGUAAAGAGGGCAAUCUGCAAGAUGCCUGCAGUUUGUAUUUUGAAAUGGUUGAGAAAGGUCUGACUCCAAAUCUGUUCAUUUGCAGUGCAUUAGUGAGCUGUUUCUAUAGAGAGGGAAAGGUUGAUGAGGCAAAUCUGGUGAUGCAAAAACUUGUCUAUACUGACAUGAUCCCGAACUGCAGUGCAAGCACACUUGAUAUCGGCAAAGUAGCCCAUGCCAUUGAAUCUGCUGCUGGUGGAAAUCAUCAAUCUGCAAAAAUCAUGUGGAACAUUGUUAUUUUUGGGCUAUGCAAAUUGGGUAGGGUUGGAGAUGCUAGAAAUUUGUUUGAGGAUCUAAAAGUAAAGGGGUUCGUUCCUGAUAACUACACUUACUCUACCCUCAUCCAUGGUUGUUCUGCUUCAGGUUUUGUUGAUAUAGCUUUUGGUCUGAGGGAUGCGAUGUUGGACAUUGGUCUUACUCCAAAUAUCGUGACCUACAAUUCUCUCAUAUAUGGUCUCUGCAAAGCUGGGAAUGUUUCUAGGGCAGUCAAUCUUUUCAAUAAGUUGCAGUCAAAGGGUAUAUCUGCUAAUGCUAUCACCUAUAAUACCCUAAUUGAUGGACAUUGCAAGGAUGGUAAUACAACUGAGGCCUUCAAGUUAAAACAGAAGAUGAUAGAGGAAGGUAUCCAGCCUACUGUAUUCACCUAUUCUACACUGAUUCAUGGUCUCUGUACUCAAGGGUAUAUGGAAGAAGCAAUCAAACUUCUGGAUCAAAUGAUCGAGAAUAAUGUUGAUCCAAAUUAUAUUACAUAUUGGACACUGAUUCAAGGUUAUAUUCGAUGUGGCAAUAUGAAAGAGAUUUCCAAGCUUUACAAUGAGAUGCAUAUCCGUGGACUUCUCCCUGCCAAUUGGACUGGACAUCUGAAACAAGCAGAUCCUGUUGUAAACAACCAUAAUGUAGAUAUAUGCUGUUUAAAGACAUACAGACAGUGCUAAUAUAUUCUUUUUUGUACAUACUUUCUGUACUUGGAAGAUGCUAGUCAGUUACGGUUUGCAUGAGAAAGCGAACCACAAGGUUCCGCCUCCAACUUUGUAUGACUUGGCCACUGGCUCAACAAGUUUUUGAAGUGGUGGGCCAACAUGCAAACUUCUCGAGUCAAGAAGAGGACGCAGGACUUUGACUGAGAGAAAAAGAGUGAAAUUAUCAUGAAGGUCCUUGUUGCAAAUUUAUGUCCCUUUUCAAUUGUUAUGCGCAGAUGCACAUAAUUGUCAAGACACGGUAUGGUGAGACCAUCGUCCAACAGUGUUAAGGCUAAGAUUCAUAACAAGAAAGGAAUCUCUCCAGAAUAGCAGCACAUCAUCUCGAGCAGCUGGAGGAUGGCCACACGUUGGCCAACUACAAUGUCUAAAUGGGGGUUCACCCUUCACCUUCUUGUCCUCUGCCUCCUAUCGCAAGGGAUGCAUAUCUUCGUUGAGAGAGUGACCACAGUAAUCAUCUCCCUUGAGUCUGAAGAUCAAGAGACCCCGUACAAUAUGCAGACAGAAGAUUCUUGAGGAGCCGGGCAUUCUGCCACACCAGCAGCACCUCAUCUUUGCCUGCAAACGGCUGGAGGAUGACAUCACCUUGGCUGACUUACAUCCAAAUGGAGUCUAUCCUUCAUCUUGUCCACAACAUAAGGGGAGGAGCGGUGUAUUUCCAUGUCAGAGCACUGGCCGGCAAUAGUGUCGUCAGGCUUAGGUCUCUGAGCUCAGAUAAUACCAUUGACAAUGUCAAGAAGAGGACUCAUCAUCAGAUAAGCAUUUCUCCGGACCAAUAA